UAACGGUUCAGAGAGAACAGAAACCAGCGCGCGCUUCAGACAGACCGGAUUCAGAAGACGGCGCGUGCGACAGUCACGAGCUGAACGGAAAUAGAACCGGAAAAGGGAGAAGUGGUCCUCUGAGCGUCGCAAACACCGCACUGGAAAGUCUGCUGAUGAAGGAAAGCAAACGUCUGGGACUGGGAAUUAAAGAAUGGCCGCUCCUGACCUUCUGGACCCCAAAGCUGCUGCCCACAACUCCAAGCCCCGCCUGUCUUUCUCGGCCAAGCCGGUGGUGUUGAACACUCAGGAUGACUUCGAGCCACGCGUCAGUGUCAUGCGCUGGAAAACUGUGCUGACUGUCUUCCUGCUGGUCGUCCUCUACCUUAUCAUGGGCGCCACAGUGUUCAAGGCUCUGGAGCAGCCGAACGAGAACUUGCAGAAACUCGCCAUCCUAAACCAGAAGCUUCAGUUUCUCAUCGAUCACCCCUGCGUCAACUCCACUGAGCUGGAAGACUUAGUGAAGCAAGUGAUGUCAGCCAUCCGCACGGGUGUGAACCCUUCUGGAAAUUCGUCCAAUGUGACAAGUUUAUGGGAUCUGAGCAGCUCCUUCUUCUUUGCCGGGACUGUUAUCACCACUAUAGGAUUCGGGAACAUUUCCCCUCAAACGGAAGGAGGCCGGAUAUUCUGCAUAGUGUAUGCUCUGCUUGGAAUCCCUCUGUUCGGAUUCCUGCUCGCAGGAGUGGGCGACCAGCUGGGGACCAUAUUCGGAAAGGGCAUCGCUAAAGUGGAGAAGAUGAUUGUGAAGUGGAAUGUGAGUCAGACGAAGAUCCGUGUGAUCUCUACGGUGCUCUUCAUCCUCUUUGGCUGCCUCCUUUUCGUCACGUUGCCAGCCAUCAUCUUCAAGCACAUUGAAGGCUGGAGCGCCCUAGAGGCCAUUUACUUCGUCGUCAUCACCUUGACUACCAUCGGCUUUGGCGAUUUCGUUGCAGGGGAGGGCGAACGCCGCGGCUCUGAGAUGGAGUACCUGGACUAUUAUAAGCCGGUGGUAUGGUUUUGGAUUCUGGUGGGACUGGCGUACUUUGCCGCGGUGCUCAGCAUGAUCGGAGACUGGUUCCGGGCCAUCUCAAAGAAAACGAAAGAGGAGGUGGGCGAGUUUCGAGCACACGCCGCCGAGUGGACGGCCAACGUUUCAGCCGAAUUCAAAGAGACCCGUCGCCGCCUCAGCGUUGACAUUUACGACAAGUUCCAGCGUGCUGCUUCCAUCAAGCGCAAACUCUCGGCUGAGCUUGGCCUUAACAAUGCGCCAAUCGGCCAGGAGAUGACACCAGGCAAGCGGGCACUCUCUGUCAACUUGGGAGAUGACAGAGAGACGUAUCCAGCCUUCACACUAGCACGCAAUGGUAGCCUGUUCCUCAACGGCCUCAGCCCAGAGUACGCCGACCGGCGUGACAUCGCCGUAAUAGAACAUCUGAAAUGAGAACUGGGGGAGAGAGAAAGACAGAUGGAAAGAACUAUAAAAGGGGAAUGGAGGAAAAGCUGAGAGACCCGAGUGAAGAAGGAAAGGAGUGAGGGUGCCAUGUUUCACAGGAUUACAGGAUAAGAACUUCUGCACUCUUACCUGAUCGAUAUAUCUUCAUCCCUGACUUUUUGCUAAUGCAGAAACUGAUGCUUGACUGUUCACAGGAUUAAU